AAACCACCAAAAAAAAAACCUUGGGGUUUUCACCCUGCUGUUUCGUAUUGCAGAUCACACAGUUACUAUCAACGAAACCACACGCCGCAGUCCAGCCGCAGCUUUGUUGUCAGAGCUUUACGUACGUUUCCCCCAUCGUCACUUUAGAAACGAGAAACUUGAAAACUACAAUUAGUCACUCUGAGUUCAGGAGGUAGGAAGCCGUCAGAAAAGCUGAGAACUCUACUGAACAGCGCUGUGAAGCAGGUGGGAGGAAAUAAAUUGAGGAACUUGAAGAAGAAGAAGACGCCGAGCUGCUUCGCAGACAGGAUGAGAAGAACAACAGCUAGAAGGUGACUGAUGCGCUCACACCCUCUGGUCACACAUGUUGGAAAUCCAGCCAUCCCAGCGGUUCAUAUCUCAAAGACAAUAACUUGUGAAAAAAUGGCGACAACUAGGAUAGGACUCUUUCUUUUCCUUGUACUUCGUAUCUGCAGUGCUAGAGCUGAUAAAUGCUCCACCCUUCCUCCAAAGAGUCUCACUUGCUACAAUGACUACAACAAUGUUGUGAACUGUGUGUGGAACAGCUCUCAUGUCCGCCAUCUUACAGGCGAUGUGUGCAAAAUACACGCAAAAAAUCAUUUUGGCAGGCCCUUCAGUGCUUCCUGUGAGCUAAAGCCCAUUGAUGCCUCAAACCCAGCUUUAAGAAGCUGCUCAAUGAAAUUCCAGACUACCUAUAUUUUCAUGACACAUAAUAACCUGAGCCUUACUGUGAGAUGCACGCCGUCAGAACAUUGUGGAGUCAUUUACUACAUGCCAGCGGAUAACAUAAAGUUGGACCCACCAGGACAACCUACUGUAAACCAGACCGAUGUGACCUGGACCUCUCAAGUUGAACAUCACAGGAAAAUUACGACGUUCAAGUCUGAGCUACAGUGGAAGCAAAAGGAUGAGUCGUGGACUGAUCUACCCAUUCGGAAUAAAAACGUCCAGUGUGGAAGGAACUGCAAAGCUCACCUGGAUCCCAGUUGGUUCAUAAAAGAUGAGGCUUACGAAGCUCGUGCUCGCGUGAUGACCGUGGAGACAUUUUCAUCGGGAACCUGGAGUGACUGGAGCCCCACGACGUCCUGGGUGUCACAAGUGGGAACAUUGAAACCGACCGCAGAGUCGGAUGUGACUGUUUUCACCAGGGGCGUUUUGACCCUGGCAGUGUUGGGUCUUUUGCUCGCCGGCGUUGGUCUUUGUCUGCGCAAGAAACAACUGAUCUACGUAGUGGAAAGCUUUAAAGGCGCGGCCAUACCGGACCCUGGCAAAUCUGAAAUCUUCCAGGACUGGUUUUCUCUGAACUCAAAAGGUCAAGAAGUUAUUCCUGCUUCAAAGCCUGAAAAAUCUGCAGUCCAAAUGUGGCUAAGCUCCCACUUCACCGGGGAAUGCGUUCAGUCUUUCUUGAGCUCGGUGGAUAUCGUCUCCUACGAAGUGACCUCCACCGUGGACGCCAUGAAGUUCUGCAGACCAGAAGUAAAAACGAUGCCAGAAAGCGACAGCUACGACUCCAGCUGCUCCAGCUUCUCCAACCCCAGCUACUCCGAGCUCUGCUCUUCUGACUGCGUGCCCGCUAAGAAGCUGCAGCCCUGCGCGCCCGACGCCCCCUACAAGCCGGCCGGCGGCCGAGGCGGAGAACGGGACGCCGAACAGGAUAGAGAAGCUGCGGCGCAAAAAGAACUGGAAAUGGUCAAGUUGCUGUUUAUGGGCGAUGAUAAACAGAAGGCAGUGAUCAUUUCAGACUACGAGAAGGUAGAAAAGCAGAAACUGAAGCAGCAGGCCGAUAGGCUCAGGCUCCACAGUGUUGAUUCGGGGAUGUGCAGCUGUGAAGAAGUCAGUCAGGAGAGCAUGGAAGGAGACAGCAUCAAUACGGCCGACGGACACGACGAAGGGACGAAGGAAGGAAAACAGCAGGACGAGGAACGGGAGGGAGGGAACGCGACAAAACUAGAUUUCCAGAUGUUGUUUGGUAGCAGUGGGAACGUUUUGGGCAAAAACUCUAUCCAGACAUGUUUAGGUUACAAACAAAUACCGAAGCUGCGACCGUGCCAGGAUCCAGGCGUUAGCGCGAUAGCGGAGGAGAACGAGGAACAGGAAGGCGUCACAGAGGACGAUGACAAACCCUCCGAAACGACCCGCUUCCUUUUUCCACCUCAUCCUCCCGGGGCCCUACCACAACACCCUUUAAGCACCGCUCUGAGUUCGUUUUUGCCGCCUCUCCACGGUAACGACAUCCUGAAGCAGAUUGCUCUGUCAGGUAGCAUGCUGAGGCAGCCCUGUGGCGACGGCUACAUGCCGGUGAAGCAGAGAGAGAGCUGAUAAUGACAGCAGGUGUUGUGUCGCAGUCGGACAACAGAGGGCGGUGCUCUUAAUGAAUGUAUUUUCUCCGUUAUUAUACCAGCUUAUUUAUCAGUAUGAGAUACGAGGCCCAACGUGAGACAUAAUCGACAUGCUAUUUGUAUGAAAAAUGCCUUUCCUUGUAACCAUGGAUACUGCUUUGUUGUGCGCCUGAAAAAGCUAGGUUACUAUGGGUGCACAAUAUUUUAUUACAUUAAAGCCACAGAACGUCACUUUUGAAAAGUAUUUUUUACACGUUUGCUAAAACAGCCGCUCUGUAAUGACAAUAUGAUAUAAAACAGAUAAUCGGUGGUUAAAUGGAGAUCCUCUGCUAGAGACUCUUCAUCGUAGCAGGAUGCUAGGGCUAGUUAGCAUACCCACCUAUAAUGGCGGAUAAACAGUUUUUGUGUGAUGAUAAGUUGUUUCUCCGCCAUCAGCACGUAUCACAAGAUUGAUUGACAACGCUAGGACCCUCCUCCUGGGGUCCUAGCUCUGAUUGGUUGGUUUACACAAAGAGCAGUGCAUUUUUUCAUGUAAUUAAGCAUUUAUCUUUUUACAGAUUAUCUGUCUCGUACUGUACUGUCACCAAAUACUAACAGUUUUUACAAAUUUGGGAAAAAUACUUUUUUUUUUUUCUUUCAUAAAAGUUACACACUGCAGACUAGCAGAUGAAAGCUGUGAUCUUAUCUCAAUAUGGUUGAAGCUAAAAGUGCAACAUCGUAAUGUUUAAUUCAUUGUUAAAGUGAAACUGUGAAGGUAAAAAAAACCCCAAAAAACUGAAAUUGGUCCACCGGAUCAAUUCUGGUUUCUGUGCAAGCACAGAUGAUUAAACGAUAUUCAUUUAGUCCUAUAUCUUCAGUACAGUGGUCAUAGUGGGGGGCCAGGUCCAGUUCUGCUGGGGCUCUGGUCCCCUUGUACCCCCCGUCGUGAGCCGCCCAUGAUGAGGUCCAUUUGUCUUUACACAAGUUGCAAAUUUAUUUUUAUUACAGCGACUCUAUUGUGUAGUUUUGAAUAGCACACUUUAAUAGAUUUUUUUAAUUUCUUUACAAAGAAUAUUGUAACUUUUUCAGGUUAUCACUUUUCUUUUCUUCUUACUUUCUUGCUUUUUUUUGCUUUGUCAAAAUGAAUAGAAAUGCAUUUCUUUCAUAUAUAUAUAUGAUUUAAUGUGAGUAAAAAUUCAAAUAUCUUUUCAGGAUGCCCUGCUCGCUUGUUAAUCUAAGCAAUAUUUGAUAGCGUUCCUACAUGCGACAAUAUCUCUGUUUCACAUGUGUAUGGCAGCUACAUGACGUACUUUUUUUGUAAAUUAUUUACUUAUUAAGAUCUGACUUUGGUAAAGGCGACGGAAAUAGUUCCAUCUGAUAACGACAUCUACACUGAUCAGAUGACAUAUUGGCAGCUGAUAUAUUUUCCAAUGCUUGACCUUAUUUAUUUGCUAUCCAGGCGUAGUGGAGAAGCUGUGCUGCUUUAAUAGAUUUUUAAAUAUUCUUUACAAAGAAUAUUGUUUUUAUUUAUCAUUUUCUUCUUUUCUUCUCUUACUUUACU